UCAGUAGUAGUGAUAUACACAUUUGCAACCUCUCCACCAACCAAUCCAAUGCCGAAAAACUAGAAAGAAAACAAUCUCUCUGCGUUUUCAUCUCAUCAUCCAUCACGUUUCCACCUUUAUUCAUCAAUCAUCAACAUGGAGCGCGCACGUAGGCUUGCUUACAGAGGCAUCGUGAGACGCCUCGUUAACGAAUCGAAACGACACCGUAACGGCCCCGAGAUCACCCCUCACCAUGUCCCCUCCGUCGUCCCCCACGCUCCCUCUAGGUACAUCUCUUCCCUCUCCCCUUUCCUCUCCAACAACCACAGAUCCGUCAAUCUCCCCAAACACCACCACCACCACAACCAGACGCGAUCCAUCUCCGUCGACGCCGUCAAGCCUGGCGACACCUUCCCGCGGCGCCACAACUCCGCGACGCCGGACGAGCAAGCGCACAUGGCGAAAUACUGCGGAUACGACCACAUCGACUCCUUAGUCGACGACACCGUCCCGAAACAGAUCCGAAUCGACUCCAUGAAGUUCUCCAAAUUCGACGGAGGCCUUACGGAGAGCCAGAUGAUCGCUCACAUGACCGACCUCGCCUCCAAGAACAAGGUCUUCAAGUCCUUCAUCGGGAUGGGGUACUACAACACCCACGUCCCUCCCGUCAUCGUCCGCAACAUCCUCGAGAACCCCGCCUGGUACACUCAGUACACUCCUUACCAGGCCGAGAUCUCCCAGGGACGCCUCGAGUCCCUCCUCAACUUCCAGACCAUGAUCACCGACCUCACCGGCCUCCCCAUGUCCAACGCUUCCUUGCUAGACGAAGGGACAGCUGCUGAAGCCAUGGCGAUGUGUAACAAUAUUCAGAAGGGGAAGAAGAAGACGUUCGUGAUCGCGAGUAACUGCCACCCUCAGACGAUCGAGAUUUGCAAAACCAGAGCUGACGGUUUUGAUUUGAAAGUCGUUACGAAGGAUCUCAAGGAGAUUGAUUAUAGCUGUGGUGACGUGUGUGGGGUCCUCGUUCAGUACCCUGGGACUGAAGGGGAAGUGUUGGAUUACGGUGAGUUUGUUAAGAACGCUCAUGCUAACGGUGUGAAGGUUGUUAUGGCGACGGAUCUGUUGGCCUUGACGGUGUUGAAGCCUCCUGGGGAGUUUGGGGCUGAUAUUGUGGUUGGUUCGGCUCAGAGGUUUGGUGUUCCGAUGGGUUACGGUGGUCCUCAUGCUGCGUUUUUGGCUACUUCGGGAGAGUAUAAGAGAAUGAUGCCUGGGAGGAUUAUUGGUGUCAGUGUUGAUUCUACUGGGAAGCCAGCUCUGCGUAUGGCUAUGCAGACUAGGGAACAGCAUAUUAGGAGGGAUAAAGCCACUAGCAACAUCUGUACUGCUCAAGCGUUGCUUGCAAACAUGGCUGCCAUGUAUGCUGUUUACCACGGGCCCGCGGGUCUGAAAUCUAUUGCCGAACGCGUUCAUGGUCUUGCUGGCAUAUUUUCCUUGGGAUUGAAGAAGCUCGGUGUUGCUGAAGUUCAAGAUCUUCCCUACUUUGACACUGUGAAAAUCAAGUGCUCGGAUGCACAUGCAAUUGCUGAUGCAGCUGUCAAGAGCGAAAUGAAUCUGCGUGUUGUGGACUCAAACACUAUUACUGCUUCUUUUGACGAAACAACUACCUUGGAUGAUGUCGAUAAACUUUUCAAAGUUUUUGCUUCUGGCAAGCCUGUUCCGUUCACGGCUGAAUCUCUUGCUCCUGAGGUUAAGAAUUCCAUCCCCUCUAACCUAACAAGAGAGAGCUCUUAUCUCACCCACCCAAUCUUCAACAUGUACCACACAGAGCAUGAGUUGCUCAGGUACAUCCACAAGUUGGCGACGAAGGAUCUCUCACUGUGCCACAGCAUGAUUCCAUUGGGAUCUUGUACAAUGAAGUUAAAUGCAACAACUGAAAUGAUGCCAGUCUCAUGGCCAAGUUUCACUGACAUCCACCCAUUUGCUCCAAUUGAUCAAGCACAAGGUUAUCAGGAAAUGUUCAGCGACUUGGGUGAUCUAUUGUGUACAAUCACUGGGUUUGACUCUCUCUCAUUGCAACCUAAUGCUGGUGCUUCUGGUGAGUACACCGGGCUCAUGGUUAUCCGCGAAUAUCACAGGUCAAGAGGAGAUCACCACAGAAAUGUGUGUAUCAUACCCGUCUCUGCACACGGGACAAACCCUGCAAGCGCUGCUAUGUGCGGGAUGAAAAUUAUUACGGUUGGAACUGAUGCUAAGGGAAAUAUCAACAUGGAGGAGGUGAGAAAAGCUGCUGAAGACAACAAAGACAGCUUAGCUGCCCUCAUGGUUACAUACCCUUCAACUCAUGGAGUCUAUGAAGAGACUAUUGAUGAGAUUUGCAAAAUAAUACACGACAAUGGAGGUCAAGUGUACAUGGAUGGUGCCAACAUGAAUGCACAGGUUGGUUUGACCAGCCCUGGUUUCAUUGGAGCGGAUGUGUGCCAUCUCAAUCUCCACAAGACCUUCUGUAUUCCUCAUGGAGGUGGUGGGCCUGGAAUGGGUCCCAUUGGUGUGAAGAAGCAUUUAGCACCAUUUCUUCCUUCUCACCCUGUGAUACCCACUGGUGGUUUCCCGCAACCCGAGAAGACAGAACCGCUGGGUCCCAUUGCCGCUGCACCGUGGGGAUCUGCCCUUAUCUUGCCAAUAUCUUACUCUUACAUUGCCAUGAUGGGAUCUGGUGGACUCACUGAGGCCUCAAAGAUUGCAAUCUUGAAUGCCAAUUACAUGGCAAAGCGCCUAGAGAAGCACUUCCCAAUUCUGUUCCGUGGUGCCAACGGAACAGUAGCACACGAAUUCAUCAUAGAUUUGAGAGGCUUCAAGAACACUGCUGGAAUAGAAGCAGAGGAUGUGGCGAAACGGCUAAUGGACUAUGGAUUCCAUGCACCCACAAUGUCUUUCCCUGUCUCUGGAACGCUCAUGAUUGAGCCAACCGAGAGUGAAAGCAAGGCGGAGUUAGACAGGUUCUGCGAUACUCUCAUUUCGAUCAGGGAAGAAAUUGCACAGAUUGAAAAAGGAAAUGCAGAUGUCCAGAACAACGUUCUCAAGGGAGCUCCACAUUCUCCAGCUAUGCUUAUGUCAGACACAUGGAAGAAGCCGUAUUCCCGAGAGUACGCUGCUUUCCCUACCGCAUGGCUCCGAUCUGCCAAGUUCUGGCCAACCACAGGGCGGGUGGACAAUGUGUAUGGAGACAGGAAGCUGGUGUGCACUCUCCUCCCAGAAGAAGAACAAGUCGCAGCUGCAGUAUCAGCUUGAUUUACAUUCAUGUCUUUAUGUUAUGUGUCCCAUCCCCUUUCUCUCAUUUCUCUUCUCUCUCUGCUCUUCCAUGUUUAUGUCCACAGUGUUCUUAUUUAUCAUACACUUUCUAUCUAGCUGUGUAAUGUUUACAUUGGAAUGUUGCUAAUCAUAUCAUCCUUCGUUUC